AUGACCAGUAGCAAUAUUGCAAUCGAAGAACCUUCUUCUCUCGAAGAAGUUUGGAAAUGGAACAUAGAGCAAUUCAUAAAGUAUCUUAAUAAACAUAUAAGUUCAGGUUUAAGCAGCAAAGAUGAGAAUGUACUUGAAAAAAAUGAAAUCGAUGCCCGUGCUAUUACCCUUUUUUCGAGAGAAGAACUCGUAAAUUUGGGGAUGACGACUGGAAUUGCAACAUGCAUUUUAAAGAUUAUGAAGGAACUAUGUGCGCGGCUUGAGCGGUUCAGGUUAUAUUGCACAGCGACAUAUAAGAAAAACAAAAAAAUUUUCUCAAUCGCCAUCGAUGACUGGACGCUAUUACAAAGGAAAAUCAUGACGGAAUUUCUUGAUUUGCUUGAAGACGUUGACGAGUCUGAAAUUACUAUCAAACCACCUGCAAACAAUGUAAUAAAAGAUAAAGAAACAUUCUACAGCUUUCUUGAAACCGUUCCCAAGCUAAAUGGGCUUAAAAGAAUCAAAUUUACUGUUGAAACUCCACAAACAAAUUUCUCUAAAUAUAAGAGAAUAAUCGAUCUUGUGGGUAUUUUUGGUACAAAUAUAAAAGGCUUGACUACAAUAGAUGACUUACCCCAAAUGGAAUUUUCUACAAAACCUGCUGAUAUAUCUGAAGAACAGCUAAAAAGAAUAACCGAUGCUAUAGUGACACGUCUGAAGCUACUUAUACACACAUCAGGUCCAAUUGGAGGGAAGAAUGAGAUAGAACGGUCAUAUUAUAUCGAUGCUGUUUUACGUGACAUUGUUAAAUCAUGUGGAGAAGAUGUUCGGAUAAAUCAACAAUAUAAUAUUGUUGGAUCGCAUGGAGAUGGACGUGUGGAUUUCGUUAUCAAACAUGUGAAUACUAUGAUUUGUAUAACUGAGGCAAAGAUCACAGAUAUAGAACAAGGAAUAUGUCAAAAUUUCAUUCAAUCACAUAGCGCUUGCAAGACCAAUUUAAGAAAACGAAAAUUUGACGAUCUUGCUGGAUAUGAUUAUGUUUAUGGAAUUGUCUCUACAGGCGACCAAUGGAUCUUUACAGUUGUAAGUUCUGCUAAUGAGCUUGCAGCAGCAAAUAAGAAGAUACAGACAUUAAGUGUUAAUAGCGAUGAUGUUGAUGAUGAUAGGCUGGCAAAUGAUGUACAAAUUCUAGUUCGUGCAAUCCUUGGAAUUCUCCAAGAUAAGAUUGCAAGUAUUGAGGAACAACCACAAGCAAAGAGACAGCGACUUGAGAAAGUUCUAUUAUCUAAAUGA